GAAAAAAAAGAUCCUAGAAUCACAGCGAGUGGCUACAAAAUUCGAGCUCUUCUAUCUCUAACGCGCACGAGCGAGAUGAUUACCAUUACUAAUUUAUUUUGUUACCAGUACCAAAUUCAAUCGUUGGUUACUCUGAAACCAUUUCAAAUCGACAAUCCCUUGAAAAACGUUAAGAACCUCAGAUUUUCACUUAAUCAGAAGAGAAAUGUUGCUAUUGAAGCAUCAAAAUCGAAUUCACAGAAACGAUAUCUAACAAAUGAUCGAAAGAAGACAGAAGAAGGAAUUCCAAUUGAUCAAGUUAAAACCCUAAUCAAAUUUAAAUCAAGAUACAAUUACAUUCGUGUUAUAGAUGUAUCGAGAAGAGCUGAUCAUCCAUUUGCAGGUUCAAGAUUACUUCUAUUAGACGCACCAGGAAACAUCCAUAGUGUAUCAUUUAUUUUCAAGUUACUAACAGAAACAUAUUUCGAUGUUUUUGCUACAUUUCCCCCAAUUUUGCCGCCAGGAGGAGGUCCAUUAGGAAUUCUAGGGUUUGGAUCUGGUUCAGCUGCAAGAAUUAUAUUAGAAUUAUACCGGGAAGUCAUAAUUCAUGGAUGGGAACUUGAUCCGUCUGUAAUUUCAGUAGGUAGAGAGUAUUUUAGUCUUUUGAAGCUCGAGAACGAUAGCCCAGGUCGGCUUUUUAUUAACAUCGGUGAUGCUUUAAAUGCUAGUGUUAGAGACGGUUUUUCAGGGAUUUUGGUUGAUUUGUUCUGUAAAGGGAGGGUGAUUCCUGAACUUCAAGAUUCAACAACUUGGGAGAAAUUGAAAGGUAGUUUGAGGAAAGGUGCGAGGAUUAUGGUUAAUGUUGGAGGGAGCUGUAUUGAAGCUGAAGAUUCCAGUAUCGAUGGGAAAAUGGUUAUGGAAAAGACGUUGAAUGCUAUGUAUCAAGUUUUUCCGGGGCAACUUUUUGUUUUGAGUCUUAGGAGGAGGAAAGAAGACAGUUCGAUUGCUUUAACAGGUGAUUUACCUCAUCUGGAUUCAUGGAGAUUACUGUUACCGGCUUCACCGAGAGGUUAUGUGAAAAUAUGGACUCCGGUGCUAUGAUUUAGUUCUGCGUGUCUUCUUGUGUAAGCAUAAUAUACUAGAUUGUAGUCAUGGUAAGCAACUAAGCAUAAUAUACUAGAUUGUAGUCAUGGUUUCAUUUGAUAGAAUUGAACGAAAAAUGAAUCGUUUACAAAUAUUUAUGUUGUGUUAUGCAACUUUGUUCAGUUCAAUUGUUACUUUGCUAACCUCGUGGGUUGAAGACCGGUGACAUGUUACUUUAAUAAAGAAAAGGUGGUUUUGGUGUAGCAUGGCGAAAUGUCUAAACUGACCCUCAAAUAAUUAUGGCAUGCAAAUGUACGAGCAGUAUUAACAGCGAAGGCUACAUCUGUAAAAUAGGCAACGAAAGGAUCCAGGGUCGAAUCUCACUGAACUCAGUUUCGCACAUUUCUUUUUUCUUUUCUCUCUUUCGAUUUAAGUUUCCAACUUCUCCUUUUCCUUCACUGUUUUUCUCAGUAGAAUGUAAUGGAACCCAAAUUUAAAUUCUGAAAGAGGCGAUAGUGAGAAAAAUUGUGAUUCGUGACCAAAGAAUCUCCAACAAUUUUUUCUUAUUACCCUCUUUAUUCUCUACGACUUGAAAAAACCCUAUACUGCGACCUGAAAAAAAUUUAAAUUUUGGAUUUUGUGAAGAACAAGAUGAAGUGAGAUGAUGAAUGUUGAUUCAAACCUCAAGACAGCUUCUGAUUUGUUAAGCAGUAAGAUAAAUGGAAAGUGGAGUUCGUUGCAGUCCUAGAAUCACUGAGCUAGCUCGGGUACGUGCGGAACAUGAUAAUGAACAACAACGGCAUAUAGAGGUUCAAUUGAUCAACAAUCGUACCUCAGUAAAAGCAAAACGGGAUUCAAUGACCAACGAGGAAAAAUAAGCGCUACUUGAAAACGGGAGGAAUGCUUAUCGUUUGCGGGCACUUGAACGUGGGAAGGGAAAUAAAGAUGGAGAUAAAGCAUAAACAAGUAGUGCACAUGAACUAAUUCCUGCCGCAAAUCAGUUUAUCCCUCGCCGAAGCCCUAGGUUCCUUGACCAAAAUCAGCAACAGGGAGCAGUUGGUGCUAACAAUGAAGCAAACAAGAAACUUGAAAUGGUCACGAAGCAAAGAGAAACUCAAUUGCAGGAGCGCCGUAUCAGGUACAAUGCAAGAAGAAAUUCAUUAACUGAAGUCGAAAAGGAAAAAAAUCCUGAAUACAAACGUAUUACUUAUCUGAAUCGAGGAAGUGCAACUGCAAGUGAGGGGAGUAGUGACCAGGUUGCAGUAAUGAACAAUGGUAAGGAACACAUUAUAUAAUUUUGUUGAUUUUUUAGUCUGACAUGCUGAAACUUGAAAAUUUGUUUAACCAAAUAUAACUUGAUCAUAUUGUAAUAUCUUAUGAAUUGAUGUUGUCCGCAAAGUUCUUAGUCGUUUUUACUUAAUGUUUUUUUCUUUUCAUCUAUUGUGUAUGAAUUUUUGACUCGCUGAAAUAUAAGUCGCAUCUAUUCUAAUUGAUCACAA